AUGGACACGAUAUCCAUGAUGGACCUGUGCCCGUUCAAUACGGUCGCGGACGUCAACGGCAAGCUGUCCGACUUCUGCGGGCUCUUCACGGCGGACGAGUGGAAGAGCUACGACUACCUGCAGACGCUGGACAAGUGGUACGGCUACUCGAACGGCAACCCGCUGGGGCCGACGCAGGGCGUGGGCUUCACCAACGAGCUCAUCGCGCGGCUGACGGGCCAGCCCGUGGUCGACAGCACGUCCACCAACGGCACGCUGGACGGCAGCGCCGCGACGUUCCCGCUCAACAGGACGCUCUACGCCGACUUCAGCCACGACAACGACAUGACGGCGAUAUACUCGGCGCUGGGCCUGUACAACGCCACGGCGCAGCUGUCCAACACGACGCGCCAGGCCGCGGGCCAGGCCGGGGGCUACGCGGCGUCGUGGACGGUCCCCUUCGCGGCGCGCAUGUACGUCGAGAAGAUGACGUGCCAGGACGCCGGCGCCGAGGAGCUCGUCCGGGUCCUGGUCAACGACCGGGUCACGCCCCUGCAGGGCUGUGGCGCCGACGAGCUCGGGCGGUGCACGCUGGGCAAGUUCGUCGACAGCCUGAGCUUCGCGAGGAGUGGUGGGGACUGGGCCUCCUGCUUUGCGUAG